UGAGCGAGAGGCAGAACUAAACAUGAUGCAGAUUGUAUUCACUGGAAUCCCUCGUUCUGGGAAAGAGUUCGUUUUGGAAACGCUUGCAGGGCAUUAUUCCAGAGAGACUUCUUCCAAGUACUGACAUCACCAGUUCUGAAGGAAGUGUGAGACUGGACAUUAGGGGAAGCUGUGGCUUUGUUCUGCACGUCUCAGAACUUGCCUGGAGGAGGAUUCAAGCCGAGGAGGAAAUGGAGGGAUUUGUUGCAUUGGUAACUCAGCACGGACAUCUCUUCAUACAAGAAUCACCUCAAGAUUUCUCUAGCACUGCAGUACCUGAACAGCAGAAUAAAAAACCAGCUUCACCCAAACCAGACGGGCAGCCGGAUCUUCAGCAGAGUAAAUUGGCUCAGGUGAAAAAUGAAGCUGUAGAGCAGUCCAUUACCACAGGCACUGACUCAGUCUUGCCAAACACAGAAGGACAGCAACCUACGCAACAGAGCGAGCAAGAUCAGCCGCAAAAUGUGCCAGCUUCCACACACAUUGAAGAGUCUGGCAACGUAGAGGGGCAAUUACCCUCAGCCUCCAAUGUAAUGAAUAAAGCAUUAAUCAGUAUGAAACAAACACAACUCAGCAGGAAGAUAGACAGUGCCUCGUAUGUACUGUGCAGAGACACAGGAGGCCAGCCCGAGUACCAGGAGCUGUUGGCUCUACUGAUUGCAGAGAGCAACACAGUCUACAUCAUCUUCAAUCUGGUGCACGACCUUCACUCCAUUCAGCCUCUGGAGUACCUCCCAUCUGUUGAUGGUGACCCGAUCACAUACGAAUCACCACAUACUGUAGGUGAGAUGCUGUGUCAGUCUCUGAUAAGUGUGCCAGUUCACAGUUCUGGUGUACGGGGCUCCAAGAAAGACUCACAGGACGUGUCUGGAGAUGGAGAGUUCCAGAAUCGUUCGUGUGUUUUCUUCAUUGGCACACACAAGGACCAGGUGUCCCCUCAGAGAAUAGAGGCCGUCAACAGAGACCUGAUUGAACUGAUCCGACACACUCCACAGUAUAAAGCCAACAUUGUCCAGCGUUGCAGUGCUGACAGCAUCGUCUUUGCUGUGGACAACUUCUCUUCUCUGGAGAAUGACGAGGACUUUGCUGUGAUUCGCAGGGCAACCCAAGGCCUGGUGUAUGGCAGUCAUUUGAGAGUGAAGGCCCCCACCUCGUGGCUGUUCACAGGAGUAGUCCUGCAGAACGUGUCUGAGACACGACCAAUGAUUUCACUGAGUCAGUGCCAGGAAAUAGCUCGGCAGUGUGGAGUCGAGCAACAGUCAUUCAAACCGUGUCUCAAAUUCCUUCACAAUAAAGUCGGAGCCAUAAGGUUAUAUGAAACUGAACACCUCCGCGAUGUGGUUAUCAUCAAACCUCAAGUACUGAUCAAUGCUCUCUCCCACCUGAUGAGAAGGGCCUUCUUGAAGCCUCUCUCUGGGAGAGCAGUUGUCGACGAUGAAGAUAUCAAUGAUGUAGUCCUGAACUUCAAGUCAAUAACAAGAGAUCGUCUCAUCGAGAUAGCACUUGACCUGCUAGUGAUGUGUCGUCAUCCAAACUCAACUGCCCAACAUCCCAUGUACUAUCUCACCUGUAUGCUGCCAAUGAAUAGAGAGGUCAAUGGUGUUGGGAAGAACUCUGUUUACUUCACGAUGGAAGGGUUUGUGCUCCCUAUUGGUCUCGGUAGAGCCACAAUAACCGCAAUAGUACAGCAAAAAAUGAACACCAAAACCCCAUGGAAGAUAAACUACGACACCUUUCAUCGCAACAGUGUUGAGUUUACAGUUGGUUCUCCUGCAGUGAGUUUCAAGAUUUCCUGUUCUGCAAAGCACCUCAGUCUCUCUGUCAGGAAUGCUGCAAGUGUUUCGAGGGAGACAUGUUCCGAUGUUCGUAUUGCAAUUGAGUCAACAAUGACUGAAGUAUUGAAACUGUAUCGCUAUGGACAGGCAACAACUCCAGUUGUAGCCUUUAGCUGUCCGAGUUGUGAUCUGGAAGCUACUGGGUUCCACUACGCCACCUUAGUGGCUGAGGACAGACUUGAAUGUUCUCAUACGAAACAGAAUCUGGUUGUUGCUUCACAUCUGAAAAAGUGGGUUUUGGAAGGAAAGGCUGCUUUGUUGAGAGCUGCUAAGACUGGGAAUAUUGAUGCUGUCAAGAGAGAGCUCACUGGUCACACCGACGUUAAUUCUCAAGAUAAGGAUGGAAGAACUGUCGUGUACUAUGCUGCAAGGAAUGGUCACAUUGACAUCGUCCGUCUUCUGGUAGAGGCUAAUGCUGACCUAAACCUACCACAUAAGGAUGGUUUUACUCCACUCUAUGUUGCCUGUCAAGGUGGGCACAAGCUAAUAGUUGACAUUCUGUUGAAGAAUGGAGCCAAUGUGAAUCUCACACUGACAGUUGGUUCUCUCUCAUCUCCUCUGGAGGUAGCUGCUGGAAAAGGUCACACAGAGAUUGUGGAGAAACUGAUAUCAGCUGGAGCUGUCAUCAACUACCAGAACAAGGUAUGAGAACUGCAGGCAGUUAGAGAACCUCUAUUCUCUCUUCUGCAUUCCAAAAGAUAAACCUCUGACCCUUUAAAACUGGGGGUCAAAAGUCACUCAGAGUUUUGUGUGUAGGUGGUGAACAAGGCAACAUAUUACGUAGAUGUCUGUGUUACUCUAUAGACAUUUUUUAAAGCCUUGCUUUAUUGUGUGUUCUGAAAUCUGAUUGGUUAAUCAGAGGAUUGCUAUUGUCCUUACACUAUUCCUAUGAAAAAUGACUGACCUUCUGAAAUCCUUCCCUGCCCAGCAUAUAGCACUUUAGUCUAUUUGCGUUCACCUGAGCCCAGCAAGUGUUUUUUAUAUGUUGAUACAGGUACCACAUCCUUUAUUUAGGGAUACUUUUGUUGUGGGACAUAUAGCUAACUUUUGACUGAUAAGGUUUAGAAUGCAG